AUGUCUAGUGAAGAUAAGGUGAUUCCUUCGGGAUCCAAUACCUCCGAGAACGUCUCUUCAAAGACUAUCGAACAGUUGAUGAAACUCUUAUCUAUGGGAGAGGAACUCACUCCUACCCAGCAGAAACAAAUGAAAGACUACAAGUUCUGGAAAACACAACCAGUGCCAAGUUUGGACGAAAAGAUAGAUGCCGAAGGUGAAAUCGACGCCACCAAAACUCCUGACCAGAUUCCAGACUCACCUUUGCCUCUUUUGGGAAGCUUCGAAUGGAGCACUAUUGAUAUUGAAGACAAGGACCAGUUGGAAGAAGUGUACCAAUUAUUGUACGAACACUACGUGGAAGAUAAUGACGCAACUUUCAGAUUCAAGUACUCCCACGAAUUCUUUGGAUGGUCUCUCAAGGCACCUGGCUGGAGAAAAGAUUGGCAUGUAGGUGUACGUGUCAAGGAUUCGAAGAAACUCGUAGGUUUCAUUUCUGCAGUUCCCAUCACGUUGAAGCUCAACAAGUCCAACAAGACAAUCCCCAGUGUCGAGAUAAACUUCCUCUGUAUCCACAAGAAACUCAGAUCGAAACGUUUAGCACCGGUGUUGAUUAAGGAAAUCACCAGAAGGGUCAACAAGCAGAACAUCUGGCAAGCCUUGUACACCGCUGGGGUCGUAUUGCCAUCACCAGUGUCAGUCUGUAGAUAUACCCACCGUCCCAUCAACUGGACCAAGCUCCAUGAUGUGGGAUUCUCUCAUUUGCCUUCUAACCAGACCAAGGCUUCUAUGGUAGCCAAUUACUCUUUGCCUAACACUACGAAGACGAAAGGCUUGCGUCCUAUGAAAUACGCUGAUUUAGACCAAGUUUACGAUUUGAACGGUAAGUUCCACCAGAAAUUCGAGUUGAUUCAAACCUUCAGUAAACCCGAGUUGGCCCAUUGGCUUUUGGGCUCAGCUCUGGCAACGGACACCGUUUCUAAUGUUAUCAAGACUUACGUAGUUGAAAAUGAAGAUGGCAAGAUUACCGACUUCUUCUCAUACUAUUUAUUGCCCUUCACUGUAUUAAACAAUCCUAUUCACAAUGAGUUAGGUAUUGCUUACCUCUUCUACUACGCUUCUGAAUCUGACGGAGAGGAGAACUACAAACAGAGAUUGAACGGGUUGAUUACGGAUGCUUUGAUAACGUCCAAACAGUUUGACGUAGAUGUCUUCAAUUGCUUGACUUCGCAAGACAACUCUUACUUCAUCAAAGAUGCCAAAUUCGGCAGUGGAGACGGAUUUUUGAAUUACUAUUUGUUCAACUACAAGACAUGGCCAAUUCACGGUGGUAUCGACCCCCAAACCAAAGAAGUAGUUGACGAUCAGACCAGUGGUGUCGGUGUGGUUUUACUUUAGGCUGUGUGUAGAUAAUAUGAUAAUAAUUGAGAAUGU